AUGCUCCUCACCUACGCUUUGACAGUGCGAUUACUGGCUCGUCAGCAACGAAGUUUAGGCGGUGGAGGAACCGCAGGCGGCACCACGGCGGGGGCCUCGCAGGAGUCAUGGGCCAGCGGAUGGCUGGGAGGACCGACGGCAUUUGAGAGAAGAUACACGUGGCGUCGUCUUCUCAAAGGCAGCAGCGGAGGCACCGGAGGCGCUGGAGGCGUGGGCAGCGGUUCUCCUUCACCAGGCCAUCAUGCACACUCUGCAGCUUCUACGGACACCGAAUUGUCUGCUGCCUUGGACGCCAGGGAGUUGUGGCUACCAGAUUCAAGUUUACCAGAAGCAGCACCGACCACGGUAACAGCUCUUCAUAGAUUUGGAGCAGAAAUGUUAAAGUUAUCUCGUGGUCUAGAAACUUCUGCUGCAAAUGCAACUGCAGUAUCUACCUGCGCUAGGGAAUCUUGUAAUACUGCUACUGCUCCAGUCGGUUUGACUGAAGAUGGAAUUCGGGCAAGAUGUCGCACGAAUUCGAAAGAAUCAGAGUUUAUAAAAAGACAAGGGUCUGUUGACCUCAAUAAUGGCAGUGCCACCGAAAGCAUGGCAUCGUCUCCUGGAAACAACCGUUUGAAAUCGUGCCAGAUUUUCCGAAAGGACACCAAGAAAACACCCGUUCUGACAAAGGAACCUUCCUUGUCCAACGAUAGUCAAAAUCCAUGUACGUGUUCCACAGACUCCAAUAAUGGCCAAAGACGAAGUAUCAAUAAUAAGAAAAAAUCGCUCAAGAAUUCGGAAUCACUUCCUUGCGCUGUCACGUGGGAUGGUUCCAAAUCCAUGGCCAGCACUGACCGCACUUUGAAUGUGACUUUGGAAAGAUCGCAUUCUCAAAAUGACAGGGCAAAUCAGCGUAUCAGGACGCAGCAGAACAGGUCUAGGGAUUCUUCGAGGCAUGGGCGGAUAAUUAGGCUCGAACAGAAGGCUACAAAGGUUUUGGGAGUAGUCUUCUUUACAUUUGUGGUUCUAUGGGCUCCAUUCUUCGUAUUGAAUCUACUGCCUUCAGUUUGCGAGAGUUGCGAAAAAGACGUUAGUGGUUGGGUCUUCGAAUUUGUCACAUGGCUUGGCUACGCCAGUUCCAUGGUCAACCCUAUUUUCUAUACAAUUUUCAAUAAAGUCUUUAGGCAAGCAUUCAAAAAGGUUUUAUUAUGCCGAUACAGGAGCUCAAAGUGGAGACCUCAUAGGUAG